UCUGGACUCCUCUUCACAUGGCAGACUUUACUGUGUUUAUUAGUAUAAGACUCAUCGAUGUUCACCAAUUCGCCUUCACUACACUCUAUUCAAUUGCUUUGUGGGUCCCUGGCGAGUGAUUGGCGAACGAGUUGAACUGGCCGUGUUUAUUUAUUGUAUGGUUUCGCCGCCACCAUGAGCGAACCGUCAGCGCGCCGUCAAAUUGCCCCAGGACCUUCUUUGAAAUCUGAAUUGCCCCCUGGUGAUAGUCCGCCUGGAGAAAACUACCGGAACACGCCGAUGGAUCCUUCAAAGAAGCGGGUGUCUAUGGCCUGUUUGGCUUGUAAGAAGUCUAAGCGGAAAUGCUCCGGGGUACCUCCGUGUGACAAUUGUCGGGCCUUCAAUCGACAGUGCAUCUUUGAUGAAACCCUAGAUCAACGCCGGCGAGUAGCCGCUAAGCGUACCGCAGAUGAGCUCAGUUAUCACCGAGACAUGCUCAAUGACCUCCUGAGAGUGAUGCGAGCUGAUGAUCAGUCGUUUGGCCUCAGGCUGUUGGACAUCAUUCGAAGGGAUGCCACCGCAGAGGAGAUGCGUGGGUUUAUCGACGAGGCGCUGGCCCAGAUGGAGGGGACAGACAGUGCGGACGAGGUUACUGUGCGCAAGCUGGAGGAUGUUAGACGGGUAAUCAAUGCUGAGGGUGCCGGACCGUCAUUUCGUCCAAAGGUGAUGGACAUUCACUACUUAUGCGAUGAGGUGCCCUUCCGAGUUCCCGCAAAACCAUGGACUACAGUUACCGAGGAUGCAGAUCUUGUAUCGCACUUAAUAUCCCUGUACUUCACCUGGGACUUUCCGUUUCAUGCCUUUCUCGACCGUGAUGUGUUCCUACGGGACAUGGCGAGGGGCGACCUCAACGCGGAGUGUUGUAGUCCAUUUCUGGUCAACGCGCUUCUUGCAAAUGCAUGCCAUUUCUCAGAUUAUUCAGAGGCAUACGUGGAUCCGGGCGAUAUUGUAACCAAGGGCGCUGAUUUUCUAGCUGAAGCUGAACGGCUAAGGGACGAGGAGCCCGCAAAGCUGAGUCUCGCAUUUUUACAAGGUACCCUUCUGUUAUAUGAAAGGUAUUCCAUAUCAGGACAUAAUGACCUUGGUUAUAAAAUGCUCCAUCAAGCGAUAUGGACUGGCGAAUCGCUAGGCUUAAUUGGCCCUAAAGUCUUCAAGUUCAGCUCUGGACAGCUCACAGAUGAUAUGGAUGUUUCCAUCAAGCGGACCGCCUGGGGCUUGUUCCAUAUAGACACCGUUGUCCACACCGACUUCUUAAGACCGAGUCUAAUAGACAAAGUCAACUUGGAACGGCCUGACAGAACUCGAAUGGAUGAAACCACCCUAUGGGUUCCUUAUCCUUCCCAUCGUGCUCCGCGGCCGUCCCUUCUCAGCCAGUACUUUGACGAGUCAUGCAAUCUGUGUGAGAUUGCCCGUGAUAUAUCACAGCAACUGUAUGCGAUCAAUGGUUCCUCUUUCUCUGCAUACCAUCAACGCCGCACUAAGGAGGCACUGUAUGAAAGGCUUCGUCGAUGGCAUCAGGGGUUACCGGAUUCUUUCAACCCAGAUCACAAACCACCACCAUAUAUUAUAUUGCUAAGGAUGAGGUAUCAUACUUUGACCAUCAAUCUAUUUUCGUGGAGGCCCGGGGACGAUGUGUCGAGUAUCGAUUCCGAGGCUCCUAAAACGCCCGAGAGCCCACCGGGCCUUAGCCCACCACGCGCGAAGUUCGAUGCUCUGGAGAAUAUCCUAUCUUCGGCGCGUGCUAUUUCCGCCUUGACUCGUCUCUAUCGGCGGGAAUAUGGCGUGAGUCGUGCACAUCACUUUGCGCUGUAUGCCAUCAAUUUGGCUCUGUUUACGAUGCUAGAUCAUGACAGUUUUGACAUUUUGGAUCAAGACUUCCUAUCACUGACGAGCGCCUUCAUAAGUUUAGCCAGCCGUUCUCAGCUAGGGAGGAAUCUCUUCCAUCUGUUCCGACAAUCUGUCCUAACUAAAGGCCAGGGGCAGCGGGCCUCGAGCUCUAGUACUGUCAAUGAUGAACUGAAGUCUUUAUUCACUGAAGAUAUCUCAUCGCCAUCUCGAUGGGAUGGUUACGCAAAGGGACUGGAGAAGCUGAAUGAAGAUGAACGAUACCAUGGUAUCCCAGGAGAGGGAGAUCACACACUCUUCGACAUGCUCGAUUGUUAUGAGAGCUUGAGCCUAGGGAAAGAUGAAGUAGCUCCGGAGAGAUACCGACCAGAAACACGAUAGAUACCAACUUUGCGGUCGACCUGGGCGGAUUGUCCAGGCCAAGAACUACAUAUAUCUUGUACUUGGAGCUUGCACAGUAUCUAUUAGCUUGUUUAUUCAUAUCUUAACCAUGGAUAUCCUCGUUUCAGCAUCUCUACCGCCCAUAUCCCUCUAUAUCUAGUUGUAUACGUAGUUGAUUUUCCUCUUCCCGUGAUCUUCGGGUGGU